ACCCGCACUCAAGAAGAAGCCCGCGCCGCAGUUCUCGCCUCUCUCUCCUCAGCCGGCAGCUUCCACGACAGCAAAUACCUCACGCGUGCUUCGGACUUACACGCCAACAGCUCCGCCAUCGCCAAACAGGAAUCCGAACUCCUCAAGUCCUCCAAAGCGCUGGCUAAGGAAAGUGACAAGUGGCAGAAGGAACUGGACAAGGCGACCAAGGGCGUGAAGGAGGUCGGCGACUUGCAGAACUGGGCGGAGAUGUUAGAGCGCGAAUUUUGCGUGCUGGAGGAGACUUUGAGAUUGGCGGAG